AUGCGUACGAUGCAUGGCUACCUGCUCAGUCUGGUCAUCGCCCUGGUGUAUACCUUCUCCACGGUCCGUGCGCAGAGGUUCCGCUCACCCUGGCUACAUGACGUGGAUCAUCUGGAGGCGGCGGCCGGUUACCGGACCGCGAGGCUGCGCUGGCGCUACCCGCACAGCCCGGAGCCGCCGGCGUUUCGCGUCCAGGUCUGCGAACUCCUGCCCUGGCUCCCCAAGUCCGGACCCCGGUGUCGGAACCGGAGGCUGUCCCUACGCACGUCCGACUCCCCGACACCGGAUGCCAGCCACGAGGGCUCUUCGCCGAACCUGGACAUGCUCCGGAGACCCUCGAAAGGAAGUUACGAGGCCCUGAUCGGCGACCUGCGGUUACUGACCAACUACAGCAUCGCCGUGGAGCCGGAUUUCGGAAGCGAUUCGGCGGCCAACGCCAUCAUCUACGCGGCUAACCCUUCGCUCGAGGACGACCGCAGGUUCCAGAUGGUCACCUCCGAGUACACGCUCAUGACUACCAAGGGCUUUUCCGCUCGUGCCGAGCGGUGCCUGGCCAACUCGUCCCGAGUGGUGGUGAGGACCGGACCGUUCUUCGGAGGAAAGAUCUCCGUGGAGGACACCAAGGACGACGCAUGCGUAGUCCUGGGGGACCCGGAAUCCCCCAGGGACGCCUACGUCCUCGACAUCGACCACAAGCUCUGUGGAAGUCGGCUCGUGAAUGGGUCCAAGAUGGAGACCAACAUCAUCGUGCACGAGAACAGGGACAUCAUCACGCACAACACGAGACGUUACCUCGUCGUGUGCAGCUUUCUGCCCAACACCUACACCAUCACCGCCUCUGUGAACCUUCCCCUGCUGCGAGGCAAGAAGAAGAACUACCCAGGGACACACACCAAGACUCCCGGCGGACUCUUGUUGGCCGACCCGAGCCCUGACCCCAACGAGGUGUUCACAUACCAGCGACACAAGGACAGCAACGUGAGGGAUUCCAGAAUCGCCGCCGAACAGCUCAGCAGCAGGACCCUGGAGAAAGGAGACGCUGGUAACCACCUCACCGGUAACAUCGCGCUCGUGCUCCUCUUGGCAACCACGGGCCUCGUGGGCUGCGGUGCCGCUCUCGCCUGGUACGCGACGACGGGAGGCCUGCGGCGACAACAAGAAAGCGAGCACGGCACCGAAAGCGACACCGGCAUCAUCACCAUCUCCAGCGUCCCCAGCGACAACGGCGACGCAAGCGUCGACAUCAAGUCCGAAGAUCACGCCGAAGAAGAUGAAUCUUCCGUGGUCAACUUCAUCACCAUAGAAGGCCGGCCGGUGGCCGUUUUACCAGACUCGACGGUCAGUGAAGCAUGA